AUGCCACGUUACACCCCUGGAAGUUUUGUGAUUGUUCGACGGUCUUACCGUUUGAAUCUUUCCGCAUGGUACACGCCAUAUAUCUAUGGUACACCCCAGUUGGGUCGUUUCGACGUUAAGCUUGUCCUUCUACCUUCGGUUCGUCGGAUUCGGAUUCUUCCAUCGUCCACUGCAGCCAUUCCAGCGAGACCUGGAGCUCGUAUUCCAGCAGCACCAGUACUCCCGGCAACGAUUGCUCCAGUUGCUACGCAGCAUGCAACACAAAAGACGCCUGGAACACAAGCUUACACCCCUGGAAGUUUUGUGAUUGUUCGACGGUCUUACCGUUUGAAUCUUUCCGCAUGGUACACGCCAUAUAUCUAUGGUACACCCCAGUUGGGUCGUUUCGACGUUAAGCUUGUCCUUCUACCUUCGGUUCGUCGGAUUCGGAUUCUUCCAUCGUCCACUGCAGCCAUUCCAGCGAGACCUAGAGCUCGUAUUCCAGCAGCACCAGUACUCCCGGCAACGAUUGCUCCAGUUACUACGCAGCAUGCAACACAAAAGACGCCUGGAACACAAGCUAUUCCACUAGCUGCUAGCAAUCAAAACACUAUCCCAUCAGUGGUCGGUCCACCAGUGAUUCCAGUACAGCAACUCGGAGUUCCAGCUGCAUCAUCAGCACCACUUUCUGUGCCAGCUGCUCUCCCAGCUCCUCGCGGCCCUUUGAAUACUCCAGCAAGCAAUGCUAUGGCUGCACUGUCUGCACCAGCGAUUCCACUCCAAGCAGUGGCAUCCCCAGUCCCACCUACUCAGCCAGAUCAGCAAGGCAUUCCAAUCUCCAUUCCAGCCGGACUGAUCCCUAGCUCUGCUCCAAUUCAGCCUGCUGCGGGUCCUCCUCAAACUCCACAAGUUGCUUUCGCUGCUCCACCCGAAACUGACAACGAUCCACCAAUGCUUGAGUUCCAGCCACCAUUCGAGAAUGAUUACUAUGGCCACAAUGGCAGCGAUCCGGAAAAAGAAGACCUAUGGGAGAACGUUCACUUUUAUGGCCCAGGCGUCUACCGCCUCAUCGAUCCACUAUGUCCAGACCUCACCAAAGAGCAAGCACAAGCUGCACAAAAGGUUUGGGAUACCGUCCAAGCUUAUAUGAGGGACAUAGUUCAACAAGGACCCGAGGAUCUUCUCAAUUGA